AUGAAAAGUCGUCUGCUCUGCUGUUGCAUUUCUCUGUUGCAUCUCGUUUCUGCUCAUCCCAGAGCUGAUCUGGAACCAGAAUUUGUUGGCGAAUCGAGUAAUGUAACAGUUACAGAAGGGUCAACAGCGCUGCUAACAUGUGUGGUCGAAAAUCUUGGGUUUUACAGGGUCGCGUGGAUUCGAGUUGAAAGUCAAACGAUCCUCAGCAUUCACACUCACGUGAUAACGAGGAAUUACCGCAUCACUUUAGACCACAAGAACAGACAGAAUUGGAACCUCGCCAUUUCGAACGUAGAAGAGGCGGACAGAGGGCAGUACAUGUGUCAGAUAAACACUGUUCCAAUGAAGAAGAGAGUCACGUAUCUGGAAGUUUUAGUCCCGCCUAAAUUUGUGGAUCGCGGCGAAAAUGAGGUGAUGGCCAGAGAAGGCUCAAACAUCACCUUGAGCUGCAAAGUCAAAGGAUAUCCUUUGCCGACCGUAACAUGGGAAAGAGAAGGAGGAAAAUCCCUUUCAGAAUAUAAAGGACACAGAGCACAAGGCGAAGAUUUGAGUAUUAUAAAAGUUAGUCGACUACAUAUGGGAGUGUAUCUUUGCACCGCUACAUCAUCCUUUCACAAAGCUCCUGCUUAUCAGCCAAUAACAAAAAGUGUCAUGCUACAUGUUUUAUUUCCCCCAAUGAUCUGGGUACCUCAUCAACUGAUCUUCGCCUCGGUGGGCGACACUGUGUCUCUUGACUGCUACACAGAGGCGUUCCCUAUGUCUAUCAAUUACUGGACCAAAGCGGACAGCUGUAACAUUCUACAGCCAGACGAUAAAUUCUCAGUCAGCAUAUCCGAUAACGUCUACCAAGUCAGCAUGAAGUUAGUCAUAGCUGACGUCCAAAUGGAAGAUUUUGGAAGUUAUAAGUGCAUUGCGAAGAAUUCGUUGGGGUCAACGGAGGGAAUAAUUCGUCUUUAUGAAGCAAGACGCAAUCUGAACCAAAAUAAGAAAAUUGAAGAUAUUGAAGAAAAAAGUGUUCAGAAGGCAGAAUCAACUUAUCAAGAAACCUACGAAGAAGUGAGAAUAGGUAAGAAAAAUUGUGAUAAUUUUCAGAGCACAAAUGUCAAGAAUACAAUUGCAAUCUAG